CUGGGAGACGUGGGCGAGUGCGCCGGAGCCGGGGAGUCUCCGCUGCUCACACCUUCAGGCCUUAGGUCCUUGUAUUACUUACGUAGCCUCUUUUGACCUCAGCACCUCUGACCCCCAAGUUGGCUAGUUGAUGAUUAAGUGGUACCUUGUGGACGAAUCGCCUGGCACCCAAAGCUAUAGAAUCAAGCGAGGUGUCUCUAUCAACCAGUUCUGCAAAGAGUUCAAUGAGAAGACAAAGGACAUCAAAGAAGGCAUUCCCCUGCCCACAAAAAUUUUUAUAAAGCCCGACAGGACAUUUGAACUCAAGAUUGGGCAGCCCACUGUUUCCUACUUUUUGAAGGCAGCUGCUGGGAUUGAGAAGGGGGCCCGGCAUACAGGGAAAGAGGUGGCAGGCCUGGUGAGUUUGAAGCACGUCUAUGAGAUUGCUUGUGUCAAAGCUAAGGAUGAUGCUUUUGCGAUGCAGGAUGUACCCCUGUCUUCAGUGGUCCGCUCCAUCAUUGGCUCUGCCCGUUCCCUGGGCAUUCGAGUGGUGAAGGACCUCAGUGCAGAAGAACUGGCGGCUUUCCAGAAGGAACGAGCUGUGGUUUUGGCUGCUCAGAAAGAGGCGGAUUUGGCAGCCCAGGCAGAAGCUGCCAAGAAGUGACCCCAACUGUCUACACUUUGAGAAUUUGUAGUGAGAGGCUGAGAAAGGGGCCCACAGAGGAAGCUGAGCCAAUGGACUUCAUGGCAACCCAAUUUAUAGUUUCCUGACAUUUCCGUACAUACACUGUGCCAAGAGAUUGAGCCUGAAUAAACAUCCUUUGUUAUCACCUCUCAGCUUCUCUCCUGAGACCCCAGAGAUGGGGACCAAUUCUGACGGUUACCAGCCUUCACAGGUGUGAGCUGCCCUACAGGUGAACAGGAAUCUUAACGCUUCUCCUCCUGUGAACACAGGCUCAACCAAGCAAAUUAUCAUGCCCAAUGCCUUGGCCAGUCUUGUAUUA